CUCCGCCUUUCGCGCUCUAGCCACCCGGAAAGCCCAUCCUAAGGGAAGCUGGGCACUGAUUGGCUUCUUUGAAAGUCUACGGGAUACCUGAUUGGUGGAUCCAGGACCCUUUAGCGCGGAUCUACCAUACCCAUUGAUUAACUAUGGAAGACUAUACCAAAAUAGAGAAAAUUGGAGAAGGUACCUAUGGAGUUGUGUAUAAGGGUAGACACAAAACUACAGGUCAAGUGGUAGCCAUGAAGAAAAUCAGACUAGAAAGUGAAGAGGAAGGAGUUCCUAGUACUGCAAUUCGGGAAAUAUCUCUAUUAAAAGAACUUCGUCAUCCAAAUAUAGUCAGUCUUCAAGAUGUGCUUAUGCAGGAUUCCAGGUUAUAUCUCAUCUUUGAAUUCCUUUCCAUGGAUCUCAAGAAAUACUUGGAUUCUAUCCCUCCUGGCCAGUUCAUGGAUCCUUCACUUGUUAAGAGUUAUUUGUACCAAAUCCUACAAGGGAUUGUGUUUUGUCACUCUAGAAGAGUUCUACACAGAGACUUAAAACCUCAAAAUCUAUUGAUUGAUGAUAAAGGAACAAUUAAACUGGCAGAUUUUGGCCUUGCCAGAGCUUUUGGAAUACCUAUUAGAGUAUAUACACAUGAGGUAGUAACACUCUGGUAUAGAUCUCCAGAAGUAUUGCUGGGGUCAGCUCGCUACUCAACUCCAGUUGACAUUUGGAGUAUAGGUACCAUAUUUGCUGAAUUAGCAACUAAGAAACCACUUUUCCAUGGGGAUUCAGAAAUCGAUCAACUCUUCAGAAUUUUCAGAGCUUUGGGUACUCCCAAUAAUGAAGUGUGGCCAGAAGUGGAAUCUUUACAGGACUAUAAGAAUACAUUUCCCAAAUGGAAACCAGGAAGCUUAGCAUCCCAUGUCAAAAACUUGGAUGAGAAUGGCUUGGAUCUGCUCUCGAAAAUGUUAGUCUAUGAUCCUGCCAAACGAAUUUCUGGCAAAAUGGCACUGAAUCAUCCAUACUUUAAUGAUUUGGACAAUCAGAUUAAGAAGAUGUAGCUUUCUGACAGAGUUUCCAUGUGUUGUGUCG